GUCGACAGUCUCUUCGGAGCACAGCAAACACCAUGAUGAGACACUCUCUCGCCCUCCUGUCCCUGGCCAUGCUCCUCGGCGUGGCCUGCGUCAGCGCCGGCGGCGGCCACGGCGGUGGUGGCUUCGGCGGCGGCGGCUUCAGCGGUGGCGGCUUCAGCGGUGGCAGUUUCGGAGGUGGAAGAAGUUACGGCGGCGGUGGUGGUUUCGGCGGCGGCGGUGGUGGCUUCGGCGGAGGCGGCUUUGGCGGCAAGGGUGGAUUUGGCGGCGGCGGCGGCAUCAUCAGCGGCGGCCAUGGCGGCGGUGGAUUUGGAGGUGGAAAGGGCGGCUUUGGCGGCGGUAGCUUUGGAGGUGGAAGAAGCUAUGGCGGUGGUGGUUUCGGCGGCGGCGGUGGCGGCUUCGGCGGCGGCGGCGGCGGUUUCGGCGGUGGCGGAAAGGGCUUCGGCGGCGGCGGUUUCGGCGGUGGCGGAAAGGGCUUCGGCGGCGGCGGUUUCGGCGGUGGCGGAAAGGGCUUCAGCGGCGGCGGCUUCAGCGGCGGCAGCUUUGGAGGUGGAAGGAGCUAUGGCGGUGGUGGUUUCGGUGGCGGCGGCGGCGGCGGCUUCGGCGGUGGCGGAUUCGGCGGUGGCGGAAAGGGCUUCGGCGGCGGCGGCGGCGGCUUCGGCGGCGGCGGCUUCGGCGGCGGCGGUCAUGGCGGCGGCUACGGCAAGUAAGGCUUCCCUUCCACCUCUUCGCUGCGACGCCUCAUCGUGUGCACAUACGCAGUCGUGCACGCCUGUGUGCGUUGACGUGUGUGCGAACAGAGGAGAGGAACGGAGUCUUCCCGCCCCUCUUCUCCCCUCACUCUACCUCCUUCUCAUCUCAUUUUCUUCACUGCAGCGAACAAGUCAAUAAAUUAUUCGACAAAACAGAAACAA